ACUAUCGUUCUAUCCUCCUUCCCAGCUCAAUCAGUUUAUACUUAACCUUUCUUGCGUCAAUAUGAAUAUUAGUUUUCUUUUCCUACUUUUUAAACUUAGUUGGGCACUGGAAGGCAAUUUUUGCAGGGAAUUUAGUGGGUACAGCGAAAGAACUGAUUUGAAAGAAGAAACCAACGACUGCAUUUCUCACUUAGAGACUGUAUGCAAAAAAGAACGAAUAAUUGAGUGCAUGGAAGUGUGUGAAAAUCAGUGUGAUGUAAAAUUUACAAAAGUGUGUAAACUGGAACAGAUAAAAAUCCUUGGAGUUGAAUCCAGGUUAAUAGAAAAGAAGAAGUUUCUUCAUAACUGCUUAAUGAAGGAGAGAAAAGAGCUCAUAACAUUUACUGUGUACAACUGCGAAAAUAAAACUGUGACUGAAUGCGCCACACUUUGGAAUAACAAUAAAUGGGUUGAGAUCGAUGGAAAUUGCAAUAAUUUUACUCACACUGAGUGUGAGCCCAUCAUAAAAAAUAUCUCAAUAUCUGUUCCGCUCAUUACAUGUUCUAAAUACCCUGUAAAAUACCUGGAGUUAGUGAAUACGACUUUUUUUAUGCCAUCUUUUUCUUCGACAUGUAAGGUUACUCCCAUUAGCUCAUGUAAAAAAGUAAACAGAACUAGAUGUGCCACCAUCUUGAUUGAAAAAUGCACCAAUGCACCAGUUACAAGAUGCAAACCGGUUUCAUUUUUCCGUCCAAACCAGCACUUAUUCCAUAUGCAGUGGUGCCAAUAUGAUCCAAAUGCAAAUCUUAAUGUGACAAAUGGUGGAAGAAUAAUCAAUUUUCAAGAAGAAAUUAAAGAAAAUAAACUAUCAGAGGUCAAAGAACCUAGAAAUUCGAUACAUCCGGUGCCCGAGCAAGAAUCAGUCAUUCUGGUUAUUAAAGAGAAAAGAUGGAGAGAAAUGCAGAAACUGCUGAAAAAGAAAAACAAGAAGAUAAAAAAGUUAGUGACAAAAACAAGUUACUUUCAAAACGAAUUGAAGGUGAAAAUUCCGAAAAAGCCAGACGAAGAGGACGCAGAUAUAGAUGAUGAAAAUACUAAACAAUUAAACACAAUUGAGAUAAACAAGAAGCUUGAAAGAAGUGAAGAUGAAGAAAUGAAGGAUGCAGAAGAUAGGAAACUAACCUACCAAAGAUUUUCCUCAAAUCCAAAUAUUCCACUUAGAUUUAGAUUCCGAUAAAAAGUCAAAUACAUUGAUCGACUUAACCCUAUUCCUGCUGGGGGGGGGGG